UUGCGCCAUUUUCAGCCAUAAUAGUACGAGCAAGAAAUCUGUGGUGCGCCAUAUUGCUUGCACGUUCGAGUUACUCAAGCGCAUGACAGAAGCGUGCGUGAUGCGCUGGUCUUUCUUAAUGCAGGCACAGGAACUGUUGUUCUGUGGCAAAAUGGUGCGUAUAGCCUUACAGUUCAAAGCCGAUCUGGAAAAUUUGACCAAUGUUAAGCCUGACGGAGAAGACUUUCGUUGGUAUUUGAAGUUGCAAUGUCAGAAUUGUGGAGAAGAUACAAAGGACUGGAUUUAUAUGAGCUUAGGGGAAAGUCAAGCAAUUAAAGGAAGCAGAGGAAACGCCAACUUUGUGUCGAAAUGUAAAUUGUGUGGUCGUGAAAAUUCUAUGGAUAUAAUAAGGGAUAGCAUCUCUGAAUACACGAUAGAAGAUAGUAACACAUUCAAGACAAUGGUAGCAUUUGACUGCAGAGGAUUGGAACCAUUUGACUUCUCUCCAAGGGUUGGAUUUGUAGCUGAUGCUGUUGAUUCUGCAUCAAAGUUCUCAGACAUCAAUUUAACAGAGAAGGACUGGUCUGAUUAUGAUGAGGAAGCCGGUGUUUCAGUUGGAAUUUACGAGGUUACCCAUCAGUUCUUGAGGCUAUAAGGACAAGUGCAUAUCUUAUUCUUACACAUAAAUCAGUUGUCAGAAUGUCUCCACAAGUUAUCUCUUACAAAUAGAGGUUAAGAGGAGUUUGUCAGUUCCACAAACAAGUCAUACUCAUCAUAAAAAAAACAUUAAUGGUGCAUUAAUGUUGUUGAAACAAAAAGUGCAGUAUGGAAUUUUCGAAACAUACUUUGUAGGCAUGGAAGAAACUCUUAGCACAACAACAAGAAAAACCCCUGUUGUUGCUUUCCUGACAUUUUAAUCAUAUUAUAUCAAGAUGCAGGCUGUACAAUGAACAAUAAAUGUCCAUGCAGUACUCUUCUAGACUUAAAUGUAGUGAAACUUGCUUUAUGUACUGUCUUGAAAUGUAAUUGAGUCCUUGAAAGCAUUGCCAUAGACACUUACCCUCAAGAAACUGGUGAAACAUUUGUGAACCUAGACUAUUAACUCAAGUAACCAAUAUCAAGUUUGAAAUUUCCCUUUCUCUUUUUGUGGUAGGCAGUUGAUUUUAUUCCAUAAUGUUCUCAAUGUAACCUUGAUUUUCUUAAAAUAUCUAUCACUGUAUUAAAUGAAAUCUAUCUCA